AUGCAUCUGACCGCAUGUUUUUUAGUGUUUUCAUCUCGCUGUCUUCCCUUCAGAAAACAGAAGGUGGCAGUAGAGAGCUACCACAAACGCCUCCAGCGUCACUGCCUGAUAGAGUGGCAGCUCUGGUGCCGAGCAGAGAAGGAGAAGAGAGAGCUGGAGGCUCAAAAAGAAGAGACCAAGAGGAAGAUGGCGGCUCUGCUGGAAGCGGCCUCGUCAGUUGGGGGCCACAAACAAAACAAUGUGGGUGGUACUGAGGGGGUCGUCGCGAGCCCAGAGACUGCUGAACUAAAGGGGGAAGAAAACGUCAGUGGCUGUCAGACGCCGGUCCUCCACAAGGCCACCCUGGUACCAAAGACCCCUAAGCAUGCCUGGCAGGUGACCCGGCAGCACGCGGCUCUCACCUCCGAUGAGCUGAACCAGCAGCGGCCGCAGCCUGGCGUCACCCCUCGGACACCAGCGCUUCAGAGUAAAGGUCCUCCCUACGGUGAGAACUUUGAGAACCGCCAUCAAUUCCAGCAGGUGCUAAUCUCGGAGCAGAGGCGGCAGCUCCAGGAACAGAAAGAGAUGAUCCAGGAUCUGAUGGAGAACCAGAGACUGAUGAUUGCCAGAGGGGAAGCCAAGAACGCCAGCGCCAUGACUGCACAGCUGUUGGGCCAUGCCGCCAAACCAAAAGGGACCCACAGGAGAGAAAGUGGCCCAUUGACCGAAGAAUCUUCUCCUGCCAAACAAGAGGCACCCAGGAGAUUUUCGUUUUCUUCUUCUCAAUUUGAGGGCCCAAAUGAGAGCCCAGGCCAGAGCACGGUGUCUACAUCACGGAGAGCCAGCAUCUGCUCCACCCCUCACCCUACAGUGAGAGCGAUGGAGGAGAGAGCGGCCCAGCGAGCAGAGAGGAGGAGAAUGCUGGAGGAGAUCAAAAGGAAACGUGAGGAGGACAAGUUGGCCCAGCUGAGGGCAGCAGAGGAGCAGCGGCUGCAGAUGGAGGCGGCAGAGAGAGAAGCCCAGCUGGAGAAGAAGAGAGAGGAGAGGAGGAUGCAGAAGCUGAAAGAGGAGGAGAAGCAAAGGCGCCUGCAGAGAGAGAAGGAGCUCCAGGAGGUGGCGCUGUCGCACUACAAGCGGGCGCUGCUGAGGUCCCACGGCCUGGAGCCUUGGAGGAAACUUCUGCUUCAGACCCAACAAAACACGGAGCGGGCGGACUCCCAUCAUCACUCUGCCCUCCUGAGAAGAACUCUGCAGGCCUGGUCACACGCGGUCAGAGAGAUCGCCGCUGAGAAGAGCCGACGGGCAGAUCACCUAUGGGCUACAAUCCUAUUACGGAGGAGUUUCCGCAGCUGGUUAAAGUACAAGGACUACCUGUCUGUCCAGGAGGAGAGGGCACAGCGGCGCUAUCAGGCCAAUCUGCGGAGAAAGAUCUUUAUGGCCUGGCUGGACGUGACCCAGGAGGAAAAGAUCGCCAUGUGGGAGAAGCAAAGGAUGGUGGCGGAGCACAGCCAGAG